CAUUCCUUUUGUAGCAAAAAAUGGAUUGGUAUUCACUCUAUGUUGUUUGCUUUCAGUUCCUAAUCGCUUUUCUUCAUCACCAAGUUAUCAACAAAGAAACACCUGCACCGAAAGAAAAAGAACGGGUUCAACAGUUUCGUCACUUGCGUACACAAGUUGAAAAGCUAAACUCUCCUAGUACUUUUGUAGAGUAUUCCAAGGCUAAAAGACGUUGCCUAGAUUUGGAACGGGAACUGGAGUUGUUCCAAGUUUCCAGGCUUCAACAAGUGGAAGUAUACAAAAAGUGGAAGAAUAGGGUUAGUUGGUUCUAUCGUAUUUCUGUGUUGUUGUUAUCUUUGUUGUUGAGUCGUUGGUGGAGUCGAAGUGUAUAUCUUUCUUGUGGUUGGAUAUGGCCGCUGGAUGGUUGGUUUGUACAUAAGGCAGGCGUUUGUGCGGUUCCUAGUUGGAUAUGGGGAACGGUUUGUGAACGAGCAACGUUUAUUUUGUUUUGUUAUUUGCUGGGUAGUAUAAGACGUAUUCGUGAACCAAAGCGUCUCGACGAAAGAAAAGUUGUAUAGAAUAAAAAGCACAAGUUGAUGAUCCUU